UGCUCCGAACGUGGAGGAAAACUCUCCAGUCUUUAAUGGCUGUCGCCGCUGGUUAAUUAUCUGGGGACUUCACAGUUCCUGACUGUCCUUGAUGGUUUCCUGCGACUUAUUGUGAAUGUGCUAGGAAAGAAAAUGCCACUGCCUUUUGGGCUGAAGCUGAAACGAACUCGACGCUACACAGUGUCUAGCAAGAGUUGUUUGGUGGCCCGUAUCCAACUGCUUAACAAUGAAUUUGUGGAGUUCACACUGUCGGUGGAGAGUACUGGUCAGGAAAGCUUGGAGGCCGUGGCACAGAGGCUGGAACUCCGAGAGAUCACCUAUUUUAGCCUGUGGUAUUACAACAAGCAAAACCAACGCCGGUGGAUAGACCUGGAUAAGCCUCUGAAAAAGCAGCUGGAUAAAUAUGCAUUGGAGCCAACUGUAUAUUUUGGUGUGGUGUUUUAUGUGCCUUCUGUCUCUCAGCUGCAGCAGGAGAUUACCAGAUACCAGUAUUACCUGCAAUUGAAGAAAGAUAUCUUGGAAGGAAACAUUCCUUGCACGUUUGAGCAAGCAGUUCAUCUGGCUGGCCUAGCUGUUCAAGCUGAUUUUGGCGAUUAUGACCAGUAUGAAUCACAAGAGUUUCUACAGAGAUUUGCCUUGUUUCCUGUGGGUUGGUUGCAAGAUGAAAAAAUUCUGGAAGAAGCAACCCAGAAAGUGGCCUUACUCCAUCAGAAGUACAGAGGUCUCAUGCCUCCUGAUGCAGAGAUGUUAUAUAUGCAAGAGGUUGAGAGAAUGGAAGGUUAUGGUGAAGAGAGCUAUCCUGCAAAGGACAGCCAAGGAAGUGAUAUAUUCAUUGGAGCGUGUCUCGAUGGAAUCUUUGUGAAGCACAAAAAUGGCCGCCCUCCUGUCAUAUUUAGGUGGCACGACAUUGCUAAUAUGUCCCACAACAAGUCCUUUUUUGCACUAGAGCUGGCAAACAAAGAAGAGACGAUCCAGUUCCAAACUGAAGACAUGGAAACAGCAAAAUAUGUGUGGCGGAUGUGUGUGGCCAGGCACAAAUUUUAUAGACUAAAUAAGUGUAGCCUAGACUCCCCAGACUCUCCGCCUGAGGAAGGCUCUCAGAAAUCUUUCCUCAUUCUUUCCUUUCCACGCUUUCCAAUCCUUUCUCGUCCUUCUCUACCCAAAGGACAAACUCAGACGGUGACAGUGAAUCCAGUUAGGAGACGAUCCUCUUCCAGGAUAUCUCUGCAGCCUAAACCACAGCCUUAUAUGAUGCCGCCACCGCCUCAGUUACAUUACAAUGGACACUACACAGAACCAUAUACGUCUUCCCAAGAUAAUCUCUAUGGGAAUACUCAGAAUGGCUAUUACUGCCACUCUCAGACCAGCCUGGAUAGAGCCCCUCAUGAUUACAAUGGCAGGAUCCGCAACGGCAGCGUCUACAGUGCCCACAGCACCAGCUCUUUGAAUAACCCCCAGCACUACAUGCAGCCGUCGCCAAUGUCCUCCAACCCGAGCAUUACCGGCAGCGACGUCUUGAGACCCGAUUAUGUCCCGUCACACCGGCACAGUGCCCUCAUACCACCUUCUUAUCGGCCUACUCCAGAUUACGAAACUGUGAUGAAGCAGCUUAACCGAGGGAUGAUGCACUCAGACAAGCAGAGUCAUUCAAUGAGGAAUCUAAACAUUGGCAAUUCGUAUGCUUACAGUAGGCCUGACGCCUUGGUGUACAGCCAGCCUGAAAUCCGAGAACAUGCGAAUUUCACCUCGCCUCACUCUGGCCACUACCCGUUUAACCUGAAUUAUAGUUUCCACAGUCAGUCCCCUUACCCCUAUCCUGCUGAAAGGCGGCUGGUGGUCGGAGCAGUGAGUGUUCCAGAGCUGACAAAUGUUCAGUUGCAAGCCCAGGAUUAUCCUGCGCCGAACAUCAUGAAGACUCAAGUGUACCGUCCUCCCCCUCCUUAUCCUUACCCGAGACCUGCUAAUAGCACUCCGGACCUGUCCCGGCACCUCUACAUCAGCAGCAGCAAUCCAGAUCUCAUCACCCGCCGGGUCCAUCACUCGGUCCAGACGUUUCAGGAGGACAGCCUGCCGGUUGCGCAUUCCCUCCAGGAGGUGAGCGAGCCCUUGACGUCAGCCCGGCACGCGCAGUUGCAGAAGAGGAACAGUAUUGAGAUAGCUGGGCUGGCCCACAGCUUCGAAGCCAUGAGGGUUAAAGAGAGGACAAUGUCAGCAUCCGCGGCGGACGGAGCCCCUCCCAAGGUUGUUCCGGCUCAGCCCGUUGUCUUCCUGGAGAGGACAAAACAAGAGGAAAAUGAGCGGGAAGAAAAUGUCAACUACGGGCAUAAGAAGUCUCUUUCGGACGCCACAAUGUUGAUUCACAGCAGUGAAGAAGAGGAGGAGUUUGAAGAGGAAAACAAGCCCCCGGCAACUUUCUCCCCUCUCAUCAAUGGCAAACCCCAGCUUCCCUCUGUCCUGGGAUGUUACCCUCCCGAAUCCUUGCUGAACUAUCCCUACACUUCUGUUGUUCCACCUGCUGGUCCUUUGCACAUCCUUGAACCUAAGCUGCACAUCACUGAGACGAAGGCAAAAGAGGGGAACCCUGCUCCUAUCAUGGCUGACACCCAGGUGCACAGGAGAGGUGACGGACUGUUGACCCCGUCUGUGUCCGAGUCUGACUUAACAACGUGUACAAGAUACAGAGUGCGAAAGGAUUCGGUCAAGAAGAGACCUGUGUCGGAACUUCUUUCGGGGAAGAAGAAUAUAGUGGAAGGUCUGCCUCCUUUAGGGGUCAUGAAAAAGAACAGAGCUGAAGCCAAAAAAAUGGGACCUUUGAAGUUAGCUGCUCUAAACGGGCUGACGUUGUCUCGGCUGCCGCUGCCGGAUCAAGUAAAGGAGGAACCUGCCAGGGCCACAAACGACGAACGGAGCAAAAGCUUGGAACAGCGGUUAGAACAAGGCAUGGUGUUCACCGAAUAUGAACGUAUCCAAAAGAAAAGGCUGACAGAUGGCGAGUGUUCGAUAGCCCGGUUCCCAGAAAAUGCUGAACGGAACCGGUUCCAGGAUGUGCUUCCUUACGAUGACACCAGAGUAGAGCUGGUCCCAACUAAAGAAAACAACACGGGUUAUAUUAACGCAUCCCAUAUCAAGGUUGCUGUUGGGGGCAUGGAAUGGGACUAUAUUGCUACCCAAGGUCCUCUGCAGAAUACAUGCCAAGAUUUUUGGCAGAUGGUGUGGGAGCAGGGGGUUGCCAUUAUAGCUAUGGUGACAGCAGAAGAGGAGGGUGGCCGAGAGAAAAGUUUCCGAUACUGGCCACGGCUCGGCUCGAGGCACAAUACGGUGACAUACGGGAGAUUCAAAAUUACCACCCGAUUCCGGACGGACUCUGGUUGCUAUGCAACCACAGGUCUGAAGAUCAAGCACCUCCUCACCGGGCAAGAGAGAACAGUGUGGCACCUGCAAUAUACUGACUGGCCAGAGCAUGGCUGUCCGGAGGACAUAAAAGGAUUUCUGUCAUACUUGGAAGAGAUACAAUCUGUACGGCGCCAUACCAACAGCACUGCAGAUCCUACCACUCCCAACCCUCCCCUGCUGGUGCAUUGCAGCGCUGGUGUGGGAAGAACUGGUGUGGUCAUCUUGUCAGAGGUCAUGAUUGCCUGUUUGGAACACAAUGAGCCACUGGACGUCCCGAGAAUGUUGGAUAUGUUGAGACACCAGAGGAUGAUGAUGGUGCAGACGUUGUGCCAAUACACGUUCGUCUAUGGAGUUCUUCUUCAGUUCCUUAAGAGUUCGAGGCUUAUUUAAACCUUCCCC